AUGGGCUCAGGGCCGCUAUACGCCGCAGCGCUGGUGCUGGCUGGCGCCGUUAGUGUUCGGUGCGACGUUCCCUUUAUGACGGAGCUGGACAUUUUCAGCCAACUCGCACCAUGCGUCACCUCCGCUGUCACCAACGCCUAUCUUUGGGAGCAGGACACGACGGCGUGUGGCUCCGAGCCGACCAAGCUGCAGUCCUGUAUCUGCACCAACUCAGCCGAGCUGAACAAGAUGACCGUGUCCAUCAGUAGUGCCGUUUCAUCGCGCUGUGGCAAGCAGGCCGACGACGACCAGAGUUCCGCGGCCCUUCUCGUCGACAAAUACUGCCACCCGGAAAAGACGAUUACCUUUGCGACGCCGACUGCCAACAUUAUACCAGGCGUCAUGAGUGACGUUGCCGCCAUUUCCUCGCUACCGCCGUGUGUCCAGUCUGGGCUGUCCGCUGCUGUCAACGCUGCUGCUUACGAGAACUGCCCAACGGUCGCCAACAUGUGGGCGCCCUGUGCUUGCAGCAAGGAGAACGUCGUCGGUCAAAUCAAUUCUAGUCUGGGGCAGGAAGUUCGCAAGUCAUGCUCGAAUGCCGAUGAUAUGACGUUGGCUUCCAGCUUUUACACUCAAUUUUGCGCCAUGAACGAGGGCACUACCUCAUUCAACGCCAUGCCUGGUCCUCCCGGUGACAUGACUUAUUAUAUCACCGCCCUGCCUCAAUUUUCUUCACUGCGUGCCUGCGCCCAAACUGGCGUCGUGGAAGCGGUAAUGUUGCAAUCCAGUUACCUCUGUGCCGCCGGCCCGCAAGCACUCGCCUCCUGCGUCUGCUUAAAGCCUGGCAUUCUUGGCAAGGCAUCGCAGAGUCUUACGAGUAGCGUCAAGUACAACUGCGACAACACCGCACUCGCCGAUGUGUCCGCCGCCGCCGAUGUUCUCGAUUACUACUGCCAGGCCGCACAAAAGAAGGUCAUCGCCACUGUCAGCCAGUCAAUCUCCGAGACCAAGGCAACGAGCCUGGGCCAAGCCACGCGCCCUACGUCGAACGGAAGCGACGCGCCCAAAAACACGACCGCUACCGGCGAGACCAGCGACGGGUCCAAGAACCCUAAAGCAGGUAGCGGCGGAGGUGGCCUCAGCAAAGGAGCGAUAAUUGCUAUCGCUGUGCUGGGUGCCCUCGUUGCCAUUGGUGUGAUCGCCUUCAUGGUCAUCUUCGCGCGCCGUCGGAAUCGCAAGGUCAAGACGCUUGAGGCAACAAAUAGUGCCACCGGCCAGUCGCCCUAUCCACCGCACUCAGAGCUGGCGACAAACUCGCCGUCGUCCGAGAUGGAGGGAAAGUCGCCGUACUCGCCGCCAGCAGUAUCAGAAGUGGCUGCGACGCCAAGGCCCUACCACCAGCGGCCGCAUGUCGAACUUUCAGGCGCGCCGCAGCAGCAAAUACAUCAAGCCGUCUCGCCGAGCGAAUUAAGUAGCCCUGGGUCACAGCACGCUCAAGGAGGUAACAGCCUGUAUAACCCUGAUCAAAACUGGCAACCACCUGUUCAAGCCAUGUACGAGCUGGAUUCAUCAAUUCCCACCCCCAACGCAAAGUAA